GUUGUCACUCAAUCUAUUUGUCCAUUUCCAAGUACCUUCUUAGCUAUCACUCAAUUAUAACUAUCACACACCACACUCCCAUCUUUUCAUGGCUGAGGAAGAAAGCAGCACCACCGCAGCUCCGCCGUGUGAAUUUCAAACCCGGCCGGCAGGUAGCACGGAGCACAGCUGGUGCAAGGCGGUUCCCGGUGGCACAGGGAUAACAGUCUUAGCUCUCCUCUUAUCAAAAUCCCCUGACAUUUCACUUCUCCAAAAUGCCCUCCACAAACUUCAAAAUUCCAAUCCUAUCCUCAAAUCCAAACUCCACUACGAACCCACAACUAACUCCUACUCUUACAUCAUUCCCUCCACUUCUCACCUUCAAAUCCAGCCGUUUGAUAUCUCAUCAACGGCUCAAAUUCUUCAACAGCUCAAAAUCCCUAAUCAUACCUCAAUCUCCGAUUUUCACCUAAUCCUCGAGCACGAACUCAACAAAAACUCCUGGGUAAAUACCGCCACGUCGUCUGAUCACUCCGACACUGAUGUUCUAUUCCCGAGCAUCUAUAGAUUAAGCGAUGAGAAAUGGGCAGUUACUUUACGGAUUCACACGUCAACGUGUGACAGGCCGGCGGCGUUGGCGUUGCUGAGGAAGUUGCUGGAGCUGAUGAGUAGUGAGAAGGGAAAAGGGAUGAAUGAAAAUGAAGGAGGAAGGGUAGAAUUGGAAUUAAGGGAAAAUAUGGAGGUUGGUUUGGGAAUAGAGGAAUAUAUUCCUGCUGGAAAAGCUAAUAAACCAUUUUGGGCACGUGGGAUAGAUAUGGUUGGGUAUGGUUUGAAUGCACUGAGAUUUGCUAAUUUGAAUUUCAUAGAUAGUGAAUCAACAAGAGGAUCUCAAGUUGUAAAAUUGCAGUUGAAUAAAGAAGAUACCGAUCGCAUUCUUGAUGGCUGCAAAACAAGAGGUAUAAAAUUGUGUGGGGUGUUGGCUGCUGCUGGAUUAAUUGCAGCUCAUUGCUCAAAAGGCCUACCUGAGGAUCAAUGGGAGAAGUAUGCAGUUGUAACCCUUAUUAACUGCCGCUCAAUUCUUGAUCCAGUUCUUAGCCCUGAUUUUCCAGGUUUUUAUCAUUCUGCUAUCCUCAACACACAUGAUGUUAAGGGAGGUGAAGAUAUAUGGGAGCUGGCAAAGAGAAGUUACACAUCUUUUAUUAACGCCAAGAACAACAACAAGCAUUUCUCAGACAUGGGAGACCUGAAUUUCCUCAUGUGCAAGGCCAUUGAUAAUCCUGGCUUAACGCCCGCCUCUUCACUAAGGACUUCUCUGAUCUCUGUGUUUGAAGAUCCCGUGAUCGAUAACUCCAGCACAGUGCAUCAAGAAAUCGGAUUAGAAGACUUCAUCGGUUGUGCCUCCGUGCACGGGGUAGGCCCUUCUAUUGCCAUAUUCGAUACGAUUAGGGAUGGACAGUUGGAUUGUGCAUGUGUUUAUCCCUUCCCUUUGCAUACUAGGGAACAAAUACAGGAACUCAUUGGUGAAAUGAAAAGAAUCCUUGUUGACUGGUAGCAAAUUACAGGGAUAUUAUUGAUGACUGAACAAAAGUAUUAUGUUUCCCACUCAUGUUUAAUGAAAUGCAAUAAAUUCCCUGAGUAACAGUUUGAUUUUGACAUCAA